GACACGACACCCAUUGGCUACAAAGAGGGACAGGAGGUGGAGGUGUUGUCGGCCGCGCAGACGGGCGAACACCAGGGCUUCUGGAAGGCUGUCAUCAAAGAGAUCAAGGGCGACUUCUAUGUGGUCUCGUGUGUGACGAUCGACGCCAAUGAGUCGACAAUGGAUCCCAAGAACUAUACGCUGGACGACAUCUACACCGCCGAUAAGAUUCGUCCCAUUAAUCCCAAUCCAUACCUAUCGGUGAAUCCAUUCUUCAAGUUAGUCAUCGAAGUGCCCAACGAUUUGAUCGCUAAGAACCUGGAGUUGAUUCAGAAGAGCCAAACCCACGAACACUUCCGGAGGGCUCUGGCCUUCAUUUCGGUGACAUUCGUGGAUCACCUCAAGAGUCUGGUGUGCAUUUGGUUGGCCCCCAAUCCCAUCGACCAUUGGAUCCAAAUAACCAAACGUCGAGCUCUGGUUCUGUCGGAAAUC